AUGAGCGCCGAUUUCCCCCUUGGCUUCUUGUAUAGCCUGCCAAAUAGGCCAAAGACAAAAUCGCUAGGUGAUCACAUCGCCGAACACGUCACAGACAAUGGCAGAAUCUCGACGCUGAUCGACUGUCUGCCUUCCACUUCCAACCCAGCCCUCUGGUCGCCGGAUCUCUCCCGCCCACCGUUAGAGCAUCGUCACAUCAAAUCUUUCGUUUCCAACUUUAUCCUACCAUGUUCCUCCACUCGUUCUCCCCUCGGCCCCAACGACCGUGUCAUGAUGGCGCUCCCAACCGGCCCCGAAAACGCACUCGCGCUUCUCUCUGUCGCCGCCUAUCACACAUGUGCCCCCGUCAACGCCAGUUGCACGGCUGGCGAACUGCGUGACGACGCUGUCCGCCUACGCGCAAGAGCUGUCGUCACCACCAGAGACGCCGUAGAGCGACUCGAGUUGCACACGCUCCGCGACCAGGACAACAUGGAAAUCAUCUUUGUAGAGCCUCGCUCCUCCGGUCCGGCUGGUCUCUUCGACAUGCAUUUGCUCGGCGAAAAGGCCAUUGCAUCCACCGCUGGCCGACGUCCCUCCGCUCCCCACGGUCUCGAACACCAAAGUCUCGUUCUUCACACUUCCGGUACCUCGGGAAAGAAAAAGGUCGUUCCAUAUUCGCUCCGCCAUCUCAUCGUCGGCACGUGCUGUGUCGUCUAUUCCUGGGAUCUUCGUCCAGAGAGCGUCAACAUGAACAUGAUGCCCCUCUUCCACGUUGGCGGUAUCGUCCGCAACCUCUGGUCUCCCGUAUUUUCGGCCGGUAGCGCCAUCAUGUGCGCUGGCUUCGAUGCCAAUGCCUGGUGGCCGCUUGCCAAGCAGCUCGGCGCCACCUGGUACUAUGCUGCACCCACCAUGCACCAUGCUAUCCUCGCUUCCAAACCCGAAGGCAUCGACGCCGCCAAGGAGACCAACAUCAAGAUGAUCGCCAACGCCGCAGGUGGUCUUUUGCCUUCGCUCGCAGUGCAGCUCAAGGAGACUUUCGCCGGCUGUGCUGUGCUCCCUUCGUACGGAAUGACCGAAUGCAUGCCCAUCGCCUCGCCCCCCACCAACUACCAGCUCGACCGUCCAGGCUGUUCCGGUGUUGCUUGCGGUCCAGAUCUUUCCAUCCGAGAUCCAUUCGACAAGGAGCGCGAGCUGCCCGUCGGUCAAACCGGUGCCGUCUCUGUCCGAGGUCUGCCCACCUUCUCAGGCUACGAAACAUCGCCCGACCCGUUCGAACCGCUCGACACCUCGGCAUUUUCAAGCGAAGGCUGGUUCGACUCGGGUGAUAUGGGCCACAUGGACGCCGACGGCUAUCUUUACAUUACCGGUCGAUCCAAGGAGAUCAUCAACAAGGGUGGUGAAGUCGUUUCCCCCUUUGAAGUCGAAGAGGCCAUCACGCAGGCCUGCUCCGAUCGCGUCAAGCAAUGCCUUGCCUUCUCCGUCGAACACAACGUACUACAAGAGACCAUCGGUAUCGUCAUUGUGCCAGUUCCCAACCAGCCCCGCGUCGGUCUCGCUGAGCUGCACAACAUGCUCCGAUCUCACCUCCAUCCCUCCAAAUGGCCAUUUGCUGCUGUCUAUAUGGACGAUCUUCCCAAGAAUCAAGCCGGGAAGCCGCUGCGUAUCAAACUCGGCACACGCCUUGGCAUCGGACCGCUCUCGGACGACGUUCCACCGCUGCAGCGUCACUUUGAGGCCAAAGCCCCUGGCAAAGAGGUUCCACUUUCCGAGCCCAUCCCCUGCAACCUUGUAACAGUUGAUGUGCGAGCCGUCGAGCGCGCCUGCUACCGCAUCCCUGGCAUCAUCGAAGCUGCUGUCCGCCAGCGUCGCGAUGGUUCUCCCGAGGCCUUUAUUCAAGUGGAGGAGGAUGCUGACUACGAUGCCGCCGACAUCGACCGAGCGCUGGCACAGGUGCUGCACGGAUACGUGGUACCCAACCCUCUGCACGUCUUCCGACAACCUUUGGCCAAGAACCACGGCCAGAUUGACUUUGACACCAUGGAGGCCGAGGUCCGAAGACAGAACGCUUCCAGCAUGACCCGCACUGCACUCAUCGUCCGCGACAUUAUCGCACGUCUGCUCGAUACCGAAGCUGGAUCCAUCACCGCCGAGUCCGACUUCUUCCUGCUCGGCGGCAACAGUCUCUUGCUCGGUCGUCUCGUCCAUCUGAUUCGUAAAGAAACAGGUGUCUCGCUCGAAGUGGCGACUCUCUUCAACAACUCGACCAUUGCGGGCAUCGCUGAUCUGAUUGAUGACGAGCAGGGCGACGUAGACGAAGACGAAGACGACUUUUACGACGGCUAUGACGACAAAAACACGCUUGGAGCAACGUACGCCGCGCAUCGCUACGAGGACGACGAGGAUGUCGCCUUCCAGAGCCACGGCUACAAGCCGCGCAGCCAGACACAUCCCUGGGUUCUCCUUAUCCAGGCCAUUCCGUUCCUCUUUUUCUACCCCUUCAAGGCUGCUUGGACUUGGACCGUUAUUCUACACGGACUCGCCUUUUCUGCAUUUUACAUCCGUGACAUUUUCUGGGAGCGAGUCGGUGCCCUGCUAGCUUCCAUCUUGAUUGCUAGACUCACCAGUCGUAUCAUUUGUCCCAUCACUGCCAUUGCAUUCAAGUGGGUCGUCAUUGGCCGCUACCGACCUGGCAAGUAUCCGAUGUGGUGCAACUACCAUCUCCGAUGGUGGAUUGUCAACCAGUCGCUCAAAACCGCCGGUAAAGGUCUGUUUGCAAUGACGCCCGGCCUGCAGAAGACCUACUACCGCCUGCUCGGAAUGCAGAUCGGCUCGGACGUAAAGAUUGACCAGUUUGCCAAGAUUGGCGAGCACGACCUGAUCACUAUCCACGACGGUGCCCGCAUUGACAAGUGUCUCCUUCGAGGGUUUUGCGUCGAGCGCGAUGGCUACUUUAGACUCGAGCCCAUCAUCAUCGGCCGCGAUUGCGUCGUCAACACGUUUACACAGAUCUCGCCUGGUGCCAGGUUGGCUGAUGGCACCGUGUGGGGCCCUCAGUCUUCAUCUCACGAGGAACCCUCUUCCGACGCUUUCGCUGCUUACAACCGCAACAACGCGCCUCAGCCGCACUGGGCACUGAUGGUGCUGAUCGGUUGGCCCAUCAUCUUCCUUGUUCGUUUCGCCUGCUAUGUGCCCUGGUUCGCAUCUCUCUUCAUGCUUCUCUCGCAACCGUUCGCGUUCGACCAUCACGACAGUGUCAAGGGUGUCAUCGCCUGGUUUGCCUAUCCGCGUCGUAUCGGCUGGCAUUACGUCGCUCGCAUUGUACGAAACGGUAUGCCGCCGCUCAUCAAUCUUGCGCUCGGCAUUUGCGUCAAACGCAUUCUUGGCCUCAACAAGGAAGGUUCGAUGCGCAACGCCACGCAGUAUGCACUAUUCCGUCGUUGGAUGAACCAACAGCUCCUCUCGCAACCACGCGUACGUCGCGCUCUUGCCAUCUUGGGGACCCACUACGAAAUGACCUCGGUCAUCUUCCGCGCUAUGGGUGCACGUGUUGGUAAGCGGGUCUACUGGCCUGGAUCUAGCAUCUACUGUCCCGACCCCGAAUUGCUUGAAAUUGGCGACGAUGUAGUGUUUGGAUCGCGUUCGGAGGUCUUCACCUCGGACAGCAUUGGCUGGGCGCGUGUGCGGGUCGGACGUGGCGCCAUGAUUGCGGAUCGAGUUGUGCUGCUUCCUGGCACUAUUAUUGGCAAGCAGUGUGUCAUGGGCUCCGGCGCGUUGGCUCGUCGAAACGGCCAUUACGAAGAGGGCAGUGUCUGGAUGGGCUGCAAGCACGGUGAAGCGGUCAGCUUCGGCAAAGCUGUCGCCGAGAAAAGCGAAGGUUACACAAGCGAUGGCAGCGAGGAGACCAUUACACCAUUCGGACGCGCGUUCUACAAGCGACAGGCUAACUUCUUUGUGUUCCCCUACCUCAUGCUGGUGGUUAUCAACGUAGGCAUGACCAUCUUUUCCUCGGCUUACUGGGCAUCGGCAGCUGUAGGCACAGUGCUGGUGCUCAACGUUCUGCGCAAGCACUUUGAGUUCUCUCCGAUCGGAUACCUGUUCGACGACCACUGGUGGCGACCCGGUCUGAUCUACGCCAUGAUCGCCAUCUUGUUUGUGGUGAUCCUGACCAUCCAGGCGCUGCUGGCUUUCAUGUGGACGAUUGGAACCAAGUGGGCCGUGAUCGGUCGACGUCGCGAGGGCCGCUACGAUUGGGACAAGUCAUCGUACUGCCAGCGUUGGCAGCUUCACCUCACAUUGCAAAAGCUUCUGGGACGCGGAUUCGGCGGUCACAUUUACGGCAAUAUCUCUGGCACGGCAUUUGCGGUUUGGUAUCUACGCGCGCUGGGCGCCAAAAUUGGCAAGGACUGUGCCAUCUGGGCUGGUGGCAAGCCCUCGCUUCAGCUGACUGAGCCCGAGCUGGUUUCGAUGGGCGAUCGGGUCAGCAUCGACGACUGUUCGGUUGUAGCGCACAUCAACUCGCGAGGACGAUUCAGCCUGAACAAGCUGCGUAUUGGCGAUGGAUGUGCUAUGCGGACAGGCAGCCGUCUGCUUUCGGGAGCCAGCAUGGAGCCUCGAUCGAUGCUGCUCGAACACACGCUGGUGGCAUCGGGCGAGAUUGCCGAAGCCGGCGCCGUCUAUGCUGGAUGGCCUGCUCGUCAACUGCGCGUGCGAAAAGCGAAUCGCGGCGCAGGCGUUCAUGGUGAAGCCUCGGCGAUGAGCAGUACGGCUAACCUGCACAUGCCACAACAGGUGCCGCCUCCCGGCUACUAUGGUCAAUGA